AGUUUCAGUUUUUACAAGACCAGCAUCCAAAUAUAGAUAAAAGUAUAAUAAAAUAAAAAAAAAACAUUAAAAACAAUUGUUAACAUAAAAGAAACGUUGAAACAAAUUAUUACCCCAAAUAAAAAUGAAAAUAUUAAAAUUUUCUCUUUUGAUUCUGUUGCUGUUAAUUGGUGAUGCUGUAUGUGGCAAAUUGAAAUUGGUGGCCUUCAAAGGGCCCCAUGCCGGUUUUGUUGGCGUUAAAUUUCGUAGCCCCAAAUUGUUGGGUUUCAAAAAACAUGGUCUUGGUUUCGGUCAUGGCUUAGGAGGUUUUGGUGGACAUGGCCAUAAAGGUUUUGGUGGAGGCGGCUUCCACAGCAGUGGUUAUGAACAUCAUGAAUACCAUCACAGCGGCGGCAGUUUUGGCGGUGGCGGUUGGUUUGGCAAAUAA